AUGUCGCUAUUAUUCAACGAGCAAAACACACACAAGGACGACACGGUCCCCGCCAACGAGAAGGAGAUGCUGAGCAAGCUGGUGGCUCUCCGGGACCAGUUGACCGCGCUCAAGCUCGACCGACAGACCUAUCUCAAGCAGGAAGAUAUUUCUCGAAUCUACAACCAGGUGGUGGAGGAGGUUUCUCUGCUGAACCAGAUUCGGUCGGAUCCCAGCUUGGAGGACGAGUACAACCGGGUGGAUGUCGUAUUGGACGACGUUUUCCAACUGCUUUCGCUGUCGUUUCUGACCAUUGGACACAACAAGAGUGCGGCCGCGACGUACGCCUCUCUUUCGACAGUUCGACGACUUCUGAGUCAUCUCAAGGAGUCGCAAAUUUACACGGGCAACGACUACGAGCCUGUUCGGGCGCGGCUAGACGAGAUCCAGGCGAUUCUCAAGCAGCAAAGUGAAGAGAACCCGGAGGUGAUCGCUCUGAUUGAACGAGAGCUUAAGGUGUGCAUGGAGGGCCUCAAGGAGGUGGAGGAGGCCUACAACCACGUGAUUCCAGAGGUCGGCGUGCUGCUGCAAAAGGUUUAUACAAUCCGACGGGAGAUCAUGAGCGUGGCCUCUACGCCUGACGCCAAGGACGGAAAGCGAUCUGUGGCCACCGAGCUGCAGCCGCUUCUCAAGCAACUACAGAAUAUUGAGAAGACGCAUCUGACGGGCGAGAAAAACGAGUUCAUCACCUCGUCGGGAGAGAAGCUUGUCGACAAGUCUGCUGGUUUGUUGGCGGGCCAGAUUGACGACUGUUUCGAGCUCAUCAAGGACUUUGAGGCCGAGACGAAUCGAGUCGAUCCUUCUCUUCUGCCUGUCUACUCGGAGCUGCUGCACCUCAAGACCACUCUUGAGGGUCUUACCAUCACCCACAGAUGGACAAUGCGAGAAACCGAUCUCUACGGCUACCAGAAGAAGCUGCAGGCGAUCGAUGAGCGACGGGUGGGCGGUUUAUUUGUGCCCGAGAAGGACAAGGACUGCACAACCUGCGAUUUGGCUGACUCGGUGAACAACCUGUCUGUUGACGAUAAGGACAAGAACGAUAAGAAGGACUCAUUGGAUAAGGAGGGAUCGCCCACUAAGCUGGCCGGGCAGUCGAUUCUGCUUUACCUGCUGCGACGAUGCUACGCCCUCAUCUACAAGCUGCUAGAGUCGUCGGAGCCUAUUUCCGAGGCUCUGACGCCACUACACAACCAGCUCAAGACCAUGCGGCGGUUCCUGCUCGACAUAAAGCGUUUGGGCGGAAUUUCUUCGGUCCGAGAACUUUAUCCAUACCAGCUCAAGCUGCGAUCCAUUGAUAACCAGCGAGUGGAUGGCAAGUUCAUGCAGGGAAACUCCAUUCCCGAGGGUCAGGGAAUGGUCAAUGCUUUGUUAGCGGAGUGUUUUGAUAUCUGUCAUGAGUUGCAGGUUGAUUACGAGAAUGAAGAGGAGGACGACAACAAUGAAGAUGAAGAUGAUGAAGACGAGACCAAGUAG